CUUGUUCGGUCCGAGAGUCGAGUUUUGCAAAUCGGUCUUCUUCGGUCGGAUUCGCCGUCGUCAACACAGGAAGAAAAACGGGAAAUUUCCGGGUUUUCCCACCGGAAAAAGUGAUUAUGCCGGUGAAUCGGUGCACGUGAGUGUUCCUGGAGUGUGAAGUGUGUGGUGGAAUUGGUUUCCGGGUGGAUUUGAUGUUGUUGUCGGAGCUUUGAAAAAAUCCGAUCGGCUAGAGAAAAUUUCGCAUUAGGGUGGCGUCGUGCAUUGUCGACACGAAACAAUAAGUGCAUUUAUUGGUGUUGGUUGUGUGUUGCUUUGGAAAUUUCGGGUUUUGUUAUUGAUAACAAAACUCGGGCAGAGUUUUAUUGGACAUUGACGACGACGACGGUCAUUUUUGCACGGUUCGAUGCUUGCGUGGAGUUUGUCAUAGAGAGGGAGGCAGAUAAGCGGCGUAGAUUCUGCCUGUGAAUCAGUAUUGUGAAGCACCUAAUUACUAGGCGCAAAUAUGGUCCGAAUUCGGAGGAAGUUCGUGCUGAUUAUGUCCGGCGUAACGCUAUUUGCGUUUCUGCUGCUGUACAUCAUUUUGAAUCACUCGAUUCAGUCGGAAAAACCGCAGAACAGCUUUAUGAUGUUGGAGGAUAAAAUUAAGGAGCUGGAGACCGGGCUGAACAAACACCGGCGAGAGUUCGGUGCCAUGAAGCAGCAGUUCGAUACAAUCCGAUCGAAUGGCCACCGAUCGAAUUCGGUCGACGGAGACGAAUACGGCGAAGAAUCCAGACUGGACAAGGUUCCGGCAGUGGCCGCUCCCCAUCUGGGAAAUCGCGAGAUGAUCAAAGAUUCGGUCAUCAGUCCGAACCGGGACACGGGAGGAACUUGCUCGCUCCGAACGGACAUCAUCCCCCAACCGGACAUACAGAUGAUGGAUCUGUACGAGAAGGUUCCGUUCGAUAACGUGGACGGCGGCCCGUGGAAGCAGGGCUGGAAAGUGACGUACGACGAGAAGCAGUGGAACCAGCACCACAAGCUGAAGGUGUUUGUGGUUCCGCACUCGCACAACGAUCCCGGCUGGAUCUACACGUUCGAGGAGUACUACGAACGGCAGACGAAGGGAAUCUUCGCCAAUAUGCUGCGGCACCUGGAGGAGAAUCCCGGAAUGAAGUUUAUCUGGGCGGAGAUUAGCUACUUUGCGCGGUGGUACGACAAGCUGGCUGGCGAGCAGAAGGAUAUCGUGAAGAAAUUGAUCAAAAACCACCAACUGGAAUUCGUGACCGGAGGAUGGGUAAUGCCGGAUGAAGCCAACUCCCACUGGUACUCGGUCCUUCUCCAACUCACCGAGGGUCAAACCUGGCUCAAAACCCGUCUCAACGUAACUCCAACCUCGUCUUGGGCCAUCGAUCCCUUCGGCCAUUCCGCGGCCAUGCCCUACAUCCUGAAACAUUCCGGCUUCGACAAUCUCCUGAUCCAACGAACUCACUACAUCGUGAAGAAGAACCUGGCCCUCAAGAAGCAGCUUGAAUUCCGCUGGCGCCAACUGUGGGACACCACCGGCGAAACUGAUCUCCUGACGCACAUGAUGCCCUUCUACUCGUACGACAUUCCGCACACUUGCGGCCCGGAUCCGAAGAUCUGCUGCCAGUUCGACUUCAAGCGGCUGCCGAACUUCGGGGUGUACUGUCCGUGGCGAAUUCCGCCGCAACCCAUCACCGACGAUAACGUUGCCCAACGGGCAGAACUAAUAGUCGAUCAGUGGCGCAAGAAGUCCGUUCUGUACAAAACCCGGAACGUCCUGAUACCGCUGGGGGACGACUUCCGGUACACCCAGAGCAAGGAAUGGGAAGCCCAACGGGUCAAUUUCGAAAAACUCUUCGAAUACAUCAACAACGAACCGUCCCUCAACGUGGAGGCCAAGUUCGGCACCCUUCAGGACUACUUCGACGCCAUUCGGGCGUCCAACAGGCCGGAAGACUUCCCCUCGCUCAGCGGGGACUUCUUCACCUAUGCCGAUGUGAACGAGGACUACUGGAGCGGCUACUACACUUCGAGACCUUACCACAAGCGCCAGGAUCGAAUCCUGAUGAAUUACGUCCGCUCGGCGGAAAUGCUGUACGCGUGGAACCUGUGGGACGGCAAGGAUUGGCAGCUGCUGGAGGACAAGAUGGAAUACGCCCGGCAGCAGUUGUCCCUGUUCCAGCACCACGAUGGCAUAACGGGAACGGCGGAGAAUCACGUGGUGGUGGAUUAUGCCACCCGGAUGACGACCGCCAUCGAGAACUGUAAGUUCGUGAUGCAGCAGGCGGUUUAUAGACUUCUCACGAAACCCGCCGUCUACCAAGCGGAUCCGACCUUUGCCUACCUGAGCAUCGACGACUCGCGAACCGUGGACGGUUCCGACACGUUCCGUCCGACGAUCAUCAUCGGCGAUGAACUCCCGAUCAAACACGUGGUAGUGCACAACUCCCUACCCUACCAGCGCACCGAGCUGGUCGAGGUCUACAUCGGUAAGCCGUUCGUAGAGGUGCAGGAUGCCCGCACCGGACAGUCCGUUCCGGCGCAGGUCGCUCCGGUUUGGUCGUGGCACACCCGUCCCGAUGGAACCAGCACUCCGCAGGCGUCCAACACCAAGUUCCGGCUGCUGUUCAAGGCAUCGGUCCCGCCCAUGGGACUGGUCGUGUACACCAUCAAUUCCCGGAACCGAGCGGACCAGAGCAAUCGGGUCACGUUCGCCAAGAUCACCGUCAUGUCGCUGGCUCCGUUCACGAUCAACCUGAACGGAUAUCCGGAACUGCCGGAGUUUGGCGAACCGCGCAAGAUUUCGCUUAAGGUCGGCGAUAGUGGCGCUGGGGCUUCGUUCAACGCUAACGGUUUGCUGAAAUCGAUUUCGAUCGACGCCAACACGGUGCCAGUGCAUCUGGACUUCCUGAAGUACGGAAUGAGGUUCUCUUCGGGCAAGAGUGGGGCGUAUCUGUUCCAUCCGGAUGGUCCGGCCACGACGAUGAAACUGGGUGAACCGGUUGUUCUGGUGGUUAAGGGACCGCUGGAGUCCAGUAUUACCAGCGGGUUGCCGUUUGCCACGCAUCAGACGAUUCUGAGGGAGGACGGCGCCGUGGAGAUUCGGAACCUGGUGGACAUUGGCGAUCGGGAGAAUACGGAGAUUGUGAUGCGCGUGUCGACCAAUAUCGAUAGUGGCGAGUAUUACUACACGGAUCUGAAUGGGAUGCAGAUUAUCAAGAGGAAGCGGAUGGAUAAGCUGCCACUGCAGGCGAAUUACUAUCCGGUGCCGUCGGCGAUGUACAUCCAGGACGAUAGCUGGCGGUUGACGAUCUUGAGUGGGCAGCCGCUUGGUGGAGCGUCGCUGAAGGCGGGCGAGAUGGAACUCAUGCAGGACCGUCGCCUCUCGCAGGACGACGACCGGGGUCUGGGUCACGGUGUACUGGACAACCUCCCGGUACUUCACAUCUUCCGCCUAGUGCUGGAGAGCCGCGAGCCGUGUACCCGUCUAGAUCCCGGCUACCCGGCCGGAUUCCUCACAUCGACUGCUCACGGUGAGCUGCGCUCCCUGCUGCAUCCCCUGGAGAAGCUGAUCUUCAACGAGAACGAAUGGACCGGGCUGCUGCCCAGCUUCGGCGCCAACCACGAAUCCCUGGAGAAGGGCAUGGAGGUGGUGGCGAUGCGAAGCCUGCCGCACGUGCGCAUCGGCAAGGACAAACGGCCCUGCCUCGGGCUGGUGGUGCACCGGACCAAUUUCGAGGACUGCGGCUCCGAAGCCAGCGGGGAGGGAAAUUUGAACAUCAAAAAACUGCUCGAUCUGGACGACGGACACGAGAUCUACGGAUCGGCCCUGACGCUGCUCCGCAAACAGGAACCAGUCGCGUCGGACGAUGUUAGCUUCUGUCCGAUGGAUACGAAGGCCUUCAUCAUCCAGCGAUAAAGCGCACGAAAGGGGCGCCUGUUGAUCGAAGAGUUACUUAAACGAAGAAAAACUCGCAGACAAAUAAAACGACUUUGGAAUCGGUUUUCAUCUAAGUUUUGUUCUCUAUGGGGGAAAUCAAAUCAAACCAAUCAAACGUCAUCGGGAUGGCAUGGAUCUGACAGGUCAACUGUCAAAAACUGUAAGUUUGUUUGGGUUUUCCUUCUCUCUGUUUUACAUAAGAAUCGUGUCGACAGUUGAUCUGAUUAUUUCGUUACUUGUCUGUUUAAGAGUUUGUGUCUGUGUGUUUACUUCAUAUUUCCAUAACAAAUAACAGCAAUAGAAUUGUCUACCAUCACAACUUUUUUUUUGUUCAUUUGAAUAUAAACAGUUUCUGUUUUGUUAGUUUCUGUGUCUACAAAAUUGUAUCUUUUUUUCUCUAUUUUUACUCGUUUUGUCUGUAGGUGUUGAUGCUUGUGUGUAUGUGUGCUUUGCUUCGAGCGUUUCUUGGUUUUGUGUUGGUGUGGGCACGUCGUGGCACUUCGAUGUCGCUUUCGACAGUAUUGAUCUGAUUGUUUGACAUUGGAAUAACUUUGAAAAUUUGACUUUUUACUAGAAUAAUUAAACUUAUUAUUUUUGCAGUGUAAUAAGUUGCGUGUUCUAAACGGCCUUAAAGUUGAGGCAGAAAUACGUGAAUCUAUCUAAGGGCACAAAUAGUUGGAAUCAAAUACACAAAAGUAAAAUCAAACUCAACUGGAAAUUAUUAAGAAAAACCAAAGGAUUCAGGUUAAAUGGAUGAUAAAUUAACAGAAAAAAAGUCGGAUUCAGGCAGAAAACCAUCGAGACAGAAAUUCAAGUUGAAACGAGAUUUUGGUCUGCCACAUUCCUGGAAAUAACUUCACAGUAUCAGUUUAAACUGCAGCACGCCAUCAGAAGUCAAAGCUUCUCGAUAGCAGCCCACAAGAUGCCGGUUGAACCUUCCGAGUCUUUUUCGGAAACUGAAGGAGAAAUCCCGAACCCGUUUCAUCAAUGACAGUCCUCUAUAAUACCAUCAAUAGCUAGAAAGUCUGAUAUUUAAAAGAUCUGCUAGACUUCAGGACUGGAGCAGACACAAGAGAAUGUUAGCAAAGGCUUUAGACAGUCUUGCCAGUAAUGCCGAAGAUCCGUCAAUACUACAGUCUGAAUCCAUUCCGACCAUGCCAAUCCUCGAUACUACCAUCAAUAGUUUAUGCGGCAAAUAUUUCAAAAUUCUGUCGUUUGUG